AUAUUUCGAUUGACGUAUACGUGCACCUCUCCACACACGUCAUAGAGGAAAUAAUCGCGGUAUAGUGUGUAUAUACGCUGCUGUAUACGCUGUACAAAUUAGUUUUCUCUCUUUCUCUCUCUCUCUUGCUCUCUCUCUCUCUCUUUCGUUUGUAUAUUAAACUAUAUAGAAAAAUGAGGAGUGGCAGCAGAUUACUAAAAGUUCUCCUGCAAGCUUCAGAGAAGGCAGCAAACAUUGCCAGGACUUGUCGACAAAAGGAAGCUCUAUUUCAAUUGUUAGUACAAGAAAAGUCCUUAGAAGAAAAGAAUCCUCGUUUCUUCCAGGAUUUCAAAACCUUAGCUGAUGUCCUCAUUCAAGAAACUAUUAGACAUGAUAUAGAAAUUGAGUUUCCAGAGCUGGCUAAACUGGUGCAAGGCGAAGAAACUAAUGUAUUCAGUAAUACUUUAGGAGAAUCUAUUAUUGUUGAAGUCUGUUCAUGCAGUAAAGACACAACGCAACUACUGACUAAAGUUAUGGGCAACGAUGCUGUGGCAGCAGAACUGCUUGCUGCUGAAGUCCAUAAAGAUGUUCAACUCUCAGAUGUGCCAAUCAUGUUAGAGAUUCCCACUGAUUUUGACAUCAAUGUUGAUGAUCUUGGUAUUUGGAUAGAUCCAAUCGAUUCAACAGCAGAUUACAUAAGUGCAACGGAGGUCGUGGACGAGCAGACUGGUUUACAUUUAAGUGGUUUACGUUGCGUCACUGUAUUAAUUGGAGCAUAUAAGAAAAGUACUGGAGUACCAGUUUUAGGUGUAGUUAAUCAACCAUUUUACACCAAUGUCGAUUCGCAAUGGACGGGAAAGUGCUACUGGGGUUUUCUGGGAGGUGGUAUUAGCAAGUCUUCCAUAAGUGAUACGUGUAACGCCGAUAAGAUCAUUUUACUCAGCCGUUUUGAAGAUGCAGACGUGAAAUCAAAGUUGUUAAACAACGGAUUCAGAUUAAUAGAAGCACCUGGAGCUGGUUACAAGAUACUGAGCGUCGCUCUUGGACAAGCGGCCGCUUAUAUUUUGUCAAAGGGUUCAACUUACAAGUGGGAUACGUGCGGACCACAAGCACUUCUUUUAUCGGUAGGCGGAGGCAUCAUCGAAUUUAAAGAGUUUAUUGUAAAUCCAAAUUCAGAAAAUCUGAGCGUGAAUUAUUUACCUAUUGGUACGAAUUUUUCUAAUCGUGCAGGCUUGAUAGCAUACAGAGAUCCUCAAAUUUUGGAAAGUUUUAAAUGUAUUUUAUGUAAAUCAGCCAAUUAAAAUUAAAGAAAAAAUAUUGUGACAAAGAUGUGUCAUGAUAACAUCUGAUAAUAUAUUCUGAAAAUUUUCUCGAUAAUUACGUAUUAUAAUUUAUAUCUGAUUAUAUAAGUAAACUAUAUUCAUUCCAUAUAAAUUUUAUGUAAAAGGUCUAGAUGAUGUUUUUAUGAAAUAUCUUUAGUGAUUAUUUUGUGAUAUUAUCUGUAGAUGCUAAUUCAAUUGUAUAAGAUGUUUAUAAUACAGAUGACGUCCAAUAAUAAACUAAUAUGAUAAUAUCUAUUGCGUGUGUGUAUGUAUGAAUAGAUUAUUAUUAUUUGCUUAAUUGAUGUUAAUUGUGAUAUAAAUAAUGGGUCCAAAUAUAGAUUCGAUAUGUAUACACAA